AUGACUAUCCCCAGUGUUCUCGCUUUUGACGCUGAGGGUCGAGCCAUUGACUUUGAGGUUUGGGUAGAUGACCUGCAGCUUUUCCUACAGUGCGAUAGGGCAGACGGUCUCUCCUUCUUUGACCUCACCUCUGGCUCCUCUCCUGCCUCUACUGCUGAUGCUGACCCCACUGUUCGCUCCCAGUGGGCCACGUGCGAUGCUGCUGCACGUCUUGCUGUGCGUCGCCACCUGCCUACCACUGAGCGCGCGCACUUUAGUCAGUACAAGAGUGCUCAGACCUUGUACGACGCUGUAGUUGCGCGCUACUCUUCCCCUGCCACUGCUGCACUAAGCCGCCUCAUACUACCGUACCUCUUUCCUGACCUUGCUGCCUUUCCCACAGUCGCUGACCUCAUUACGCACCUCCGCACUAGUGACACUCGCUACCGCGCCGCUCUUCCUGCUGAGUUCUGCGCCAAGAACCCCACCCCCAUGGGUGUUCCCCUUCCCCCCUGUUGCCCUCUGUCGCCUCUGCUGCUGCGGCCGACCUCGUUGGUCUUGAGUUGGUCGGUGCGGCGUCUGCCCCUAGCGGGAGACGCCGCUCUAGCAAGGGCAAGGGGGGCAAGGGCGCGGGUGGAUCUAGCAGGGGUGGUGGAGGUGGCGGUGGAGGCGGCGGAGGGAGUGGGGGUGGCAGUGGGAGUGGUGGCGGGGGUGGAGGUGUCGGUGGCAGCAGCGGAGGCGGAGGCGGCGGAGGCGGUAGCGGUGGGAGCGGAGGCGGUGGUGGUGGCGGAGGUGGAGGCGGCGGUGGUGGAGGAGGUGGAGCUGGUCGGGGUGGUGCUUCGCAGCAGAGCGGCUCCAGUAGUGCGUCAGCGUGGUGGGGGUUUUGGCCCGUGCACCUACGUCCUUCGCUCCGGCGACCGCGCGGGUGAGCAAUGUGGGGGUCCCCACCCCACCCAGCGCUGCUUUGGCCGCCUGACGGACGCUUGGCGUCAGCAGUUCCCGGAGGCUAGUGAGAUCCCCCGCUGGGGAGAGCUGUCUAGGGCAGGUGUCGCUAUCCAUGAUCUUGACUUUGAUGCUAUCCUUGCUGCCAUGUAUGCUGUGACUAUUAGUGAUGAGGGUGACUGUUACCGGUGUUUCCCGCCCGACCCGGGCAUUGGUACUGCUUCGCUAGGUGCUAGUGAGGCUGCUGCUCUAGGUGCCAGCGCGUCUGCGCCCUCAGGUACUGGUGAGGCUGCGCUCUCAGGUACCGCGUCGGCUUCGGCCUCCCUCACCUUCACACUUGACUUGUGGGCUUCUCGCUCCUUCUUUCAAGACCGCACCACACUCACGCCGCUUGGUCGGCCGGUUGGAGUCUCCCUGGCAGACCCCUCUGGGGGUCCUGUCUUCUCUCACUUCUCCACUGUCCUCCCGUGUCCGGCUGCCCCCUCUGGCAUCUUGUCUGGUCUUUACCUCCCCUCGUUCUCUACGAACUUGGUGAGUGGUGCUGACUUGCAGGAUACAAGGGUUCACCAGUUUACUCCUGCGAGUCAGCGGGUGACCCACUGCUUGGACGCUCGCACAGGCCGGCACCUAGCCACGUUUACGCGUCGGCCGGGGUCGAGCCUCUACACCCUGACCACUGGGUCUCCUCCUGUCCCUGUGUCUGGUCAGGUAGCUGCGUCGGGUCAGGUGUUUGCUGCAGCGUCCAGGUCUGGUCCUGAGUCUGCCCCCUGCUCGUGUCGCCUCCUGUCUCACGAGACUCUCCUGUGGCACCACCGUCUUGGUCACCCCUCCCUGCCUCGUCUCCGAGGCAUUGCCUCCCGUGUCCUUGUCUCUGGUCUCCCCCGGUCCCUCCCUCCCCUUCCUCCAGGGCCUGGUCCUUCCUGUGUUCCCUGUGUCGAGGGGCAGCUCUGGGCUGCCCCUCACUCCUCUCAGUUUCCCCUGAUAGAGGCCCCGCUGCAGACGCUUCACAUGGACGUGUGGGGCCCGGCCCGCGUCCGUGGACAGGGUCACGAGCGCUACUUCCUGCUGGUGGUUGACGACUACUCGCGUUACACCUCAGUCUUCCCCUUGCGCAGCAAGGGUGAUGUCACUGAGGUGCUGAUCGACUGGAUCCGCGCAGCUCGUCUCCAGCUCAGGAGGAGCUUCGGCUCGGACUUUCCUGUUCUGCGUCUGCACUCUGACCGAGGCGGAGAGUUCUCCUCUGGCCUUCUACGAGCCUACUGUCGUGCGCGAGGCAUCCGCGAGACCUUUACGCUUCCGGACUCUCCACAGCAAAAUGGGAUUGCUGAGCGCCGCAUUGGCAUGGUCAUGGACGUCGGCGAUGCGUCUGCGUUCCGUGUCUGGGGAUCUCGGGCGUUUGUCCGCGACUUGUCUGCGGACAAGCUGUCCCCUCGUGCUGCUCCCUAUGUCUUCCUUGGCUUCCCCCCUGACGCCCCAGGGUGGCUGUUCUACCACCCCACCUCUCGUCGUGUUCUGUCCUCCCAGGACGUCACGUUCGACGAGUCAGUCCCCUACUACCGCCUCUUCCCCUACCGCACUCCUUCCCUCCCCCCGCCACCGCUCUUCCUUGUGCAAGGUCCCCCCCCGAUAGACCCCCUCCCCCCUCAGGGUCCUGCCCCUUCAGGUGUGUCCCAGGUAGAUGGAGUCGAGCCGGUCGAGGUUGCUAGUGACUCUGGUACUGCUGCGGGUGCUGAGCCUGGGGGUGCUGUCUCUGGGGGUGCUGCGCGCGUGGGUGUUGAGCCUUGGGGUGCUGAGUCUCGGGGUGCUGCGACUGGGGGUGCUGAGCCUGGGGGUGCUACGACUGGGGGUGCUGAGCCUAGGGGUACUGCGACUGGGGGUGCUGAGCCCGGGGGUGCUACGACUGGGGUUGCUGAGCCUGGGGGUGCUACGUCAGGAGCUGCUGAGCCUGGGGGUGCUGCGUCUGGAUCUAUUGAGCCUGGUGGUGCGGAGCCAGCGGCCGCUGGACCUGCUCGUGUGGCGUCUGGCGGUGCUGGGCGUGGAGGUUCUCCGGGUGCUUCGUCUCGGCGGGAGCCACUCUCUCCACAGGAGCUGCGAGAGUGGUUUGCCCGGCGCAAGAGGCGUACUGCUGGAGCUGGAGCUUCUUCGGCCGCUGAGGGUGCUGGUGCCGCCGGUCCCGGAGGUGCUCGUUUUGGGAGUGCUGGAGGUGCUGGGCCUGCGGGUACCACUAGCGCUGGAGCUCCUGAGGGUGUUGGCGCUAAGGCUACUGCUGUCAGUCCUGGCGGUGGUCCUACUGCGGGUGUUGCUGGUACUGGUGGAGGUCCUGCAGCUGGAGGUGCUGUUGGCGCUGGUGCUGCCGGUGAGGAUGCUGGUGCUGUCCCUGCUGUGUCUGGAGUCGCCGCGCGGCCUCGGCCGUACUUCGUUCCGCUCCUUCAGCAGGUUCUUGGUCCUUCUCCUCCUGUAGAGUGUCCACCGCCUGUCCAGUCAUAG